AUGGCAGCGCGAUCCCGGAGACCCUGGCUGAGCGUCGUGCUGGGGCUGGUGCUGGGUUUCACCGCCGCCUCCUGGCUCAUCGCCCCUAGAGUGGCCGAGCUCAGCGAGAAGAAGCGGCGCGGCGCCAGCCUCUGCUCCUACUACGGCCGCGCGGCGGGGCCGGGGGCGGCCCGGGGCGCGGCGGCGGUGGCGGGUGGGCAGCAGGCACCGCCGGGGGCAGCGGCGGUGCUGGGCGGCACGAGUUUCAGGAGCAGCCCCUGGGAGCUGGCGGCGGCGGAGGGCACGGUCUCCAGCCCCGCUGCCGGCGGGGAAGGGGAGCCGGAGGAGGAGGACGAAGGCGGCGAGAAGCGGAGCGGCCGGCCUGGUGCCAACCACAACGGGAGCGGGGACUGGGGGGGCGCCCAGAGCUGCACCAAGCCCCGCAACUUCCUCUACGUGGGGGUGAUGACGGCCCAGAAGUACCUGGGCAGUCGGGCGGUGGCGGCGCAGCGGACUUGGGCGUCCUCGGUGCCGGGCCGCGUGGAGUUCUUCUCCAGCCAGGGCUCCGCUGCCCCCCCCGGGAUGCCCCCGCUGCCCGUCGUCGCCCUGCCAGGAGUGGACGACUCUUACCCACCGCAAAAGAAGUCCUUCAUGAUGAUCAAGUACAUGCACGACCACUACCUGGACAAGUACGAGUGGUUCAUGCGGGCGGACGACGACGUCUACAUAAAAGGUGAAAAAUUGGAGGAGUUUCUUCGCUCACUGAACAGCAGUAAACCUCUGUAUUUGGGGCAGACUGGUCUGGGUAAUAUUGAAGAACUUGGAAAACUGGGGCUUGAGCCUGGAGAAAAUUUCUGCAUGGGAGGGCCAGGAAUGAUCUUCAGCCGGGAAGUUCUCCGGAGGAUGGUGCCACAUAUAGGUGAAUGCCUUCGAGAAAUGUACACCACUCAUGAGGAUGUGGAAGUGGGCAGGUGUGUCCGGAGGUUUGGAGGAACUCAGUGCGUUUGGUCCUAUGAGAUGCAGCAAUUGUUCCAUGAAAACUAUGAACACAACCGCAAGGGUUACAUUCAAGAUCUUCACAACAGCAAGAUCCACACAGCCAUAACACUUCAUCCAAACAAAAGACCAGCCUACCAAUAUAGGCUGCACAAUUACAUACUGAGUCGCAAAAUUUCUGAACUGCGCCAUCGGACCAUCCAGCUCCAUCGAGAAAGUGUCCUGAUGAGCAAGCUCAGUAACACUGAAGUAAAUAAGGAAGAUCAACAACUGGGAGUGGUGCCGUCUUUCAAUAAUUUCCAGCCGCGUGAAAGGGAUGAAGUCAUUGAGUGGGAGUUCCUGACAGGAAAGUUUCUUUACUCAAUGGUGGAGAACCAGCCACCCCGGCAAAGCCUGAGCAGUGUCCUGCGGGCUGCACUGGAUGAUACUGUGAUGCAGGUCAUGGAAAUGAUAAAUGAGAACUCCAGAUCUAGAGGAAGGCUCAUUGAUUUCAAGGAAAUACAGUAUGGGUACCGCAGGGUAGACCCUCUGCAUGGGGUAGAGUACAUCCUGGAUUUGCUGCUUUUGUACAAAAGGCACAAAGGAAGGAAAGUUACAGUUCCAGUGAGACGCCAUGCUUACCUUCAGCAAUUGUUUAGCAAACCUUUCUUCAAAGAAGCAGAGGAGCUGGAUGUAAAAAGCUUGCUGGAGGACACCAACACUGACACUCAAUCUUUCUCUUUCCUUUCAAAUUCUUUAAAGAUUUUUUCCUCGUCAUUCCAAGGCACCAAAGAGACUGGGGGACACAGUGACAAGAAAAUACAUAUUCUUGUCCCUAUCACGGGAAGAUUUGAUACUUUCUCAAGAUUUAUGGAUAAUUUUGAGAAGACUUGUCUGAUUCCCAAGCAGAAUGUAAAGUUGGCAAUAAUUCUCUUCAGUUCUGAGUCAGGCCAAGACUCCAGCAAACACAUUGAGCUAACGAAAGAAUACAGCAUUAAAUAUCCCAAGGCAGACAUGACCCUGAUUCCAAUGUCAGGAAAGUUUUCUAGAGGUUUAGGUCUUGAGAUGGCCGCUUCUCAGUUUGACAAUGACACUUUGCUGCUGUUCUGUGAUGUUGAUCUGGUAUUCACAUCAGACUUCCUCCAACGAUGCAGAGAUAACACUAUUCAGGGAGAGCAGGUUUACUACCCUAUCAUCUUCAGUCAAUAUGAUCCAAAAGUAAUAUACGGAGGCAACCCUCCAGCUGACAGUAGUUUUGUUUUCACAAAAAGAACUGGAUUUUGGAGGGAGUAUGGAUUUGGAAUUACUUGUAUUUACAAAAGUGAUCUACUGACUGCUGGUGGAUUUGAUACCUCGAUUCAAGGCUGGGGACUUGAGGAUGUAGAUCUCUUUACUAAAGUGAUAACGUCUGGCUUGAAGGCUUUCAGAAGUCAGGAAGUAGGAGUUGUCCAUAUUUUUCAUCCUGUUCAGUGUGACCCAAAUUUAGAUCCGAAACAAUAUAAAAUGUGCUUAGGGUCCAAAGCAAGUACAUUUGCCUCUACCAUGCAGCUCGCUGGACUCUGGCUACAGAAACAUUUGGGUGUCAAGUACAACUGGACUCUCUCCUGA